GACGAAGGUCAAACAUUCACAUUCUUUGUUGAAACGGAGUGUGACACACACUACUGCACGACUGUGUACUGUAAACAAUCAAAAAUAAUGAAUUCCUAGAUAAAAGAUUUAUGGAAAAUUUAUCCUAAAGUGAUGCUGCAGGAUAGUAUGCGGAGAUGUCAGCUGAUCACCCAGCAUGCAGCAUUGUAAACAGAGUGAUUUUAAUCCAUUAGACAUCUUAGCCACAGCUGCUGCAUUGAAACAGACUGAUAAACCUGAAACGAAACAAAAAAUUGUUAUUGUCAAACCUAAAGAAGGAGUCAAAAUUAUAAACCCUAAACAUUGUGCAACUUUUUCAUGUUCAACAAAUGAGAAAAAGACAAACACAAAACCUAUUGGAUUGAUUCGAACUACUAGCUUUGUUGAAGAUGGCGUGAAAAAAGUCAAGCUCACUAUUAGUUCUGAGUUGGAGAAAAUGCUCAAUGAGCAUAAUUAUGGAAGUAUACAAAAAGUAAGCUCAGGAAAUAAAACAGUUCUAAAAUUGCCAGAUGUUUUGUCCUUAGGGAAUGAUAAGAAAGUUAUUGUAAAACUUGUUGACAAAUCAGGUGAUCAGGUGAACCAUGACCAGUUAUUGGCAGGUGUAAAUAGUACUGAUAAAAAUAGCCUUGAGGAAACUACUACACCAAAUCCAGAGAGUGGAAAUGAAGGGCACAAAGAAAAUAAAUCUGAUCAAGUAUGUGAUGGAGAAAAUAAAGAGACAUUAUCCGAACAUUUAGAUACAAAAUUGCAUUCUUUAGAGGAAAGUAAUCUGUUAAUUGAGGAUCUAAGAGAGGAUUUAAAUUUAGAUAAUGAAAAAGAUGAAUUAAAACAUGUAGAUUCAGAGGAGAGUUUGACUGACAGCACCGGGAGAAAGGAAUCCUGCUCCAGUUAUACUGUACCAGCCUGCAAACCAGUUCAAAUUGAUGAUUUUGAUGUUUGUAAUGAGAGGAUAGAUUCUGAUAUCAGGUCACCUGUUUAUGAGGAUAUUGAUUUUAAUGAAUCACAUAAAACUCCACCCAAUGAUCAAACUAUAUUGGAAUCUAAUACAAACAGUGAUCAGAUUCUAAAUAUAAAACAUUCGAUUGAAGAAGAAGAAAAUCAUGAUCAAGACAUAGCAUUAUUGGCGAGUACAGAAUAUUCAAUAUCUACAUGGUCAGAUAAAGAGAAUAAAAUAUUGGAGAAAGAUGGAAAAAAUCAAUAUGGUGAUAAUGAGACACUACCUGGUAAAAUAGACACAGGUGCUAAUAACAUAGACAGAUGUGACAUGGGGAAGUCACAAGUUCUGGAUAAAGUUGAAACAUAUGCUGUUCAAGAAAAACAGACUAACAUUGAAGAUACUUCUGAGGAAAGUCCAUCCGUGGAUAGUUAUUCAAGCAGAGCCACAUUUUCAAUGCAAGAUCAUGAGUAUGCUGAGAAAUAUUGGGAUGACUCAUCAGAAAAAAGAAAUGACAAACUCCAUGAUUUACAUCUAGUAAAUGAAUUUUCACAAGACAGUGGUUUCAGUGAUUCAGGAUUAUCACCUGACGGUCUAGAAUCUAGAACAUAUAGACGUGAUAGUCCAUCACUAAUACCUGUCAAGACAGACAUGUUACCUUCGUUUGAUUUGAACGAUGUCAAUAAGGCAAGAGACGCAAUUGUUGCUUUGGUUAAUUCUAAUGCGAUACCAGUUGUACCUCAUGAGACAAAUUCUCCAACUAGUUCAACUAAAACAUCACCCAAAGUUGGUAAAUUUUCAAUUGGAACAUUUGCUUCUGUCUGUAACUCUACUCUUGGUUUGCAAUCACCAGAAAAGAGUCAAAUUGCAUUCGGGCAAAGGAUUGCCACUUCUCUUCUUUCAAACAAUAUUUCUCAACAGAACAAAAGUGAAAGUGCUGUAACAUGCGUUCAGAAUAAUUCAACUGAACACAUUGAGCAUGAUCAUGACUAUAGUCUUCCAUAUCAUGCCAGACCAAGUAAUAUACCGUUCUCGGUUCAAAAGGUCAACAAGGAAAUAGCUGGCAAGGGGAAAACAAAGGAGAGAAAGAGCGAUGGAAAUGAAAAAAGAACAAAGCGCUCUGGUAGUUCAGAGACGAAAGAAGACAAAACAUUUGAUUUGAUUACCGGGGAAAGUGAGAAAAAGAGCAACAAAAGUGAAAAACUGGCAGAAUUCCUUAAGAAUAGUACAUCAGAUUCGAAAUUAAAAAUUCAAGGAAGUUACAAAGAUGAUUUUGUCUAUUUUCUUAAUACAAAUUUCCGUAGUCGAAGGAGAGCUAGUCAAGACAUUCCACCAUCAAUACCACCAGACAAAAUUUUUGUGCCACUUCCAAAACCAGGGGACAUCAUUGUUCCACACUUGACAAAUGAGGAUUUGGAAGCCAUUAGAUUGGGUAAACAUAGUACAUUGUCUAAUGGUCCACACACUAAUGGAAGUCUGUCAUCAGCAGCAACACAGCCGUCAUUACCAGCUACUGUUUCUUCCGCACUGAGAAACCAAACUAAUGGUGUUAUGACAGAUAUUGAGAGUGGGAUUAUUAAUACAAUAUUAAGUAUGGAAACUGAACCAUGUGCCGAUACCACUGACCCUGUAUUGUAUGGAAAUGGAAAUGAAAAUUUUAAUAUCAAUUUCUCCGAUCAGUUGACACCUGAACAAAUGGAAAUUUUAUAUAGUGCUGUGGAUCAAGUCCAAAGCAUUGACAGCACAUCAAGUGAUAAAGAGAACACUGGUGACAAUGAAACAAUACAGGGCAAAGGUGUGACCUCUGAUCUGAAUGGAGAACCAGCUUGUGUAGAAAUAAAAACAGGAUCUCCAGAAGCACGGACUCCAAAAGACACAGCUGCAACAAGUGACAAGAGUUUACCAGGAAACUCAGAUUCCCAUUCUUCUGAACAACUUGAUUUGUUAAAUGAUGAUAUGAAAUUGUUUCCCUCAACUCCAGAUGUGUCCAAAAAUAAAUCUGAAGAGACCGAUGCACCUUGGAUUGUGACCGUCAGCAUGUUUUGGAAUGACUUGCCUGCAAUUAUGUUGGAAAACUUACCAUAUUUACGUUUAGUUGACAUUCAUAAACAAAUCCUUCCUGCCAAAGACACGGGUAUUUUGAAAAAACGAUGCCAGCUUUUGGGAAUUGUUGUUAAAAAUUGUUCAGAAAUGCAAAGAUAUUUCCUUGUUCAGUAUGGAAGGGCAUUUAAUUCCAAAAGCAACCUAAUAAUAAGUAAAGUGGAUGCAGAGUUUUUAAUUGGAUAUUAUGUGAAUCCAGUGACUAAAUUACCAAGGUCAUCAGAAGACCAUCCGCAGCCAAAAGUUAAGCCAACUAAAGUCUCCAGACCAAGAUCAAGGCCACCAAGUAGAACUGACAGUGAGAAGACAAGGACACUUGUUCCUCAGAAAAAACCUCCAGUUAUAGCAGAGCCACCUCCUCCAGUGCCACUUGGGCGGACACGUCAUAAGAAGAUCAAUUUUCUUGAAUUACUGAAGGGUGAUUCUAACAGCAAUUCCACAGAAAAUUCUGUUACGGAACAUGUAGAAGAAAAGAAAUCAGAAGGAAGCAUUUCUGUCGUAGUGGUACAACCACCAGUCGGUUGGAAAAAAUCAGACUCGUCAGUUAAAAAAGUUGAUGUAGGAAAGAAAACUGUUAAACGCUUGCAUUCAGGAAGUGAAAUAUACAAAAAGAAAUCAGAAGAAUGUCAGACAAUGGAUUCUAUGGGUGAUGAUGAUAUUGAGAAUAGAAAUCUGACAUGGCUCUGUAAAAAAAGGCAAAAGAUUCCAUUAAAAGUGAAUAAAAAGGUCAAGAAACCAGGUUCACUAAAAGUAAAGUGGACAAUUUUUAACAAAGCAAGUCGGAAAAACUUGAUUAAGAAAAAGAAACAGAGGGAGGUAUUAUCUGUUGUGCAUAAAGAUAUUUUACCUAAUAACAGUCAUUUAAACAAUAUACAGCCAGGCAAUGUGUUCAUGGAUUUAUAUAACAAUGAAAAUUCUUUAUGUGUUCGUUGUUGCACAUGUAACAAGAUAUUUUCAAUAGAUGCUUUCCUCUCACAUCAGCAUGAUAAUGGGGGUGAUGGAAAACUGAUUUCCGUGGUUAAUCCACAAAGUUUAAGUCUCAGGGAUGCAUCAGAAUCACAAAAGAAAAUUUGGCGCAAUUUUCAGCUUAAAAGGAAACGAUUCAAUAACAAUAAAAUAACAUCAGUUCAAAAUGGGUUACCUAAAAUACAAAUUGUUGAAAGACAAAAUGAUUUAGAGAAAAGAACUCUGAUUGUUAAACCUCCAUCAAACAAAUCAUUGCGUAUCAGUUCUAGGAAGCGUAAACAAAAACAAUUGUAUCCCAUCGAAAACUAUUCUUAUAGUUCUGUUGGAAAGCAUGAAGGACACGAUACAUCACCUUCACCCAACAAAAUCAUCAAAGUUUCUGAUGCUUUAGCUGAUAAUGUCGUCACAGAGUCAAAUGGACCAAUAUUAACAAGUUUCACUGCCUUAGAACAUGAUUUGUGAUUGUGUACAUGUAAAGAAUGUAUAGAUACUUAGAUGUAUGUUAUAAGUGGUUUUCUUGUUCUGUUAUGUAAGGAUUUUUUUUCUUCGUUAGAUAUCCAAACGUCAUAGAUGGUCUCAUAGCAUACCCUACCCCAAAUGCUAGGUUUUGAACAUGUUUAUUAUUCAAAAUAUUGCAAUCAAAUUAUUUGAUACUGUUAGAUACCAUAGUUUUCCAAGUCAUAACAAUAUUUUUAUACUUAAUUCCUGGUCUUUUUAAACAUUUUUUAUGGUCAUUUGAUCUAUUCUGGAAAAGAUACCUUAAAAGGUCUACCAUCUUCAAACAGUGGGGACUUUUUUGUGCAUUUUUAUAAAUGGAUCUGAUGUAAUAUUGUAAUAUUAGAAAUAUAAAACUUUUUUUUAAUUUCUGACACGAAAAACCAAGAAAAAAUACAUAUCCAUGUAAAAUUUCAGUAUUUAAUAUUUUCCAAAGGGAUGAGCACAGUAAAAUUCAGGUGAAUGCGAUAAUCUGAAACAUAUUUUUUCUUGGUGUUAAAACUGAUAGGAAAAAAAAUGCAAAAAGAUAAAAUGAAUAUUCUAGAAAAGAUAACAGAUUUUAAAACGUGUUUAAAAUGCUUGUAUAAACAUGAUAAACAUGUAUUGAACAAAAUCAAUGAUUCAUGAUUGAAGUUUUAAACAUAUAGCAUGUGAUCACUGAUGGCAAAUCAAUGAUAUUUAUUGUAAGAGUUUAAUAGUCUAAAUAUUGAUAUUUCUUGGGAUCAAGUACAUUCUAAUAUUGUUAUAUUAUGAAUUUAUAUUGUUUAACAAAUAUUACUACAUUGGUACUAUGAAAUGUAUGACUACCCUACAUUAUUAGUACAUAUGAGUUAAAGUCAUUAUCAUUGUUUGCAGAUCAGAUGUACGUAAGAUCACAGUCGUUUACUAUCAGCUUAAAAUAAUCACUGAAUAUUGUUUACUAAAAGAUGGGUUGUUACAUGAAUACAUACAUGUACAUGCAUUGAUUUAAGUUCACAAUUACAUUGUAGUUAUUUCCACACAAUGGUUACAAGCUGUGUCAAUAGUAUUGUGAAAAAUGCAAUAGUCCUGGAAUUUGACGUAAAAAUUACCAUGUAAAAUAUUAUCAGCAUAAAUUAAUUUACAUGAUAAAAAAAAUCCUUAAUCUUUUACCCUCACACAUGUAAAAUGAACUGAGUUGAAAAAAAUUCUUAAACAUAUUGCUUGUUGAGUUUUACGUAGUCAUGAGUGUAAUAAUAAGUAAGGAUAAAAUAGUGCUUGUGCUCAUCUUAAAUGUUUGCUUGUUGAAUAAAUUAAAAACAGUCUUGUUAUUCAUACUGCAUAAUUGUGUGCACUGCUAUUUAGACUUUUGUCAGUCUACAUGCAAAUUUAUUAAUAAAUCUAUGCUUUUCUAUUUUUUAACUUUUCUGACAAUUUCAGUUAGCUUUUGAUUUCAUAUGUGUCUAUUCUUUAUUAGAUUUUUAAUUUUGGACAUAUUGUUAUAAUAUAUAAGAAGUAGCUUAAAUUUUUUAAAGCAUAAUUUACAAUAGAUGGUAUUUGAUUGACACAAUUUGAGCAAGAGUUACUUCCCUUUUGCCACCAUGUUGUAAGUGUGCAAAUAAACGUUUAUCCAAGGGAAAUAACUCAAACUCAAAUUGCGUCUUUCAAAACUGAUCUCUAGGAUGUUUAUUGGUAGACCUAUCAAACUGUACAGAUAACACAGUGUCUUGUAAAUCUCAAAGUUAUUAUUGAUACAAAUGCCCAGGUCAAAAAUGACAAAAUUCAUUCCCUAUCCAAGCUUAACUUUAGAUGUGUAGUGCAGAAUGACAGACCAAAUGUGAUGUUGCUAUAUAAAAUUGUGUUAUAUUACAAUGAUUACACUAUUAGUAAAUAAUGUUGACUUAUUGUAACCUGUCAGCCUUUGAGUAGCUGUAUAUUUCAUAACAACAAAUUAACGAAAGUAAAAUUCUAACUGGAAGUUAAUUUAGGUUAUAUGCUGCAGAAUUAUAGUUAUUAUUAAUAUUAAUAAUUAAAUACAUUUGUAGGAAACAUACUUAUAUAAUAAAUAAUGCUGACAUAUUGGUAUGUGUGUUAAUUAAUUUAUGGUACCACAACAAACAGUUUAGUAAUAUUUUUGAAAGUUUUCACUUAAAUUGGUUUUAGUUUUAUCACGUUAUUAAGCAUUUAUGAGGCAUUUUGAAUUAUACUGACAGAUUUUUAGGUUGAAAUUAUUGUAACUAUAUUCAUUAAAGUUCUUUAUAAUUUAAACAAAAUUUCACAAUUUUAUAAACAUUACGAUGAUAGUAAAAUAUGUUAUUAAUUAUAUCAUGUUAUUACAUUUGGUUUAGUUUGGUAAGCAUUUAAGUGUUGUUUAUUUUCUUCAAUUGUGCAUCAGGAGUUAUUAAAGUAUGAUAUAUAUAUAUCAGAACAUAAAGAUUGAUUAAAAGGGAUAUUACCUGUAAAUAGUGUUAUAAUUGUGUACCAUAUUGUAAUUAGAACCUGUCAAAUACUUAUGUUGUAUUGGAUUAGUGCUGAAUCAUGUUCUUAUUGUUUCUUUUUUCUGUGAAAAAGUGGUAAACAUUUGAAAUGGAAUAAAGUUUUUUUCAACCAA